GAGCUGCCGUUGCGGGAGGUUCUCCUUGGUGAUGCGAGGACCCCGUUGGACGCGCAGGAGGAGGCGAAGCAAAAGGUGAAAGAACUGGCUGAGCUCUGGCUUGAUGAACACCCAUGGGCUCGACGUGCUGCAGAUUCGUAUCGCAAGGAGGUCGAAGCAAGAACGGCCGCUGAGCGCUGCAAGAAGACAUCAAAAGUGGGUCGCUUUUCCUCACUGCUUGCAAGUGGUGGUGCUCUUCCCACAGAUCUCCAGCUGGCACCCGGCUAUGGGAGGUGUGCUCCGAGUUUUACUGAGCAAAGCGCAGAAUCUUCCAGUCCUAGCAGGCUGCGAAGGCUGCAAAAAGCGGCGAAGACAGCACCAGUCAUUCAGGAAAGUCUCCGUGCCAAGAUGAUGGCCCUCAUCGUUGCGAGUGUGGAAUCCGAAGCAGAUGUCGAUCUGCUGAAGCAGUGCCUCGAGUCCAUCUGCGCCCAAACCACAGCUCCAAGAGCGCUCUGGGUCUGUUGGUACGCCGACUCCAAGCUCCGUUUCUUGGUGCGGGAACUGCUGGAGGAAAUCAUGCCAAGGUGUAUUCGAAAAGGGACUCCGCUCACGCAACUGCAGAUGGAAGAACCCGUAGGACAAUGGCGACACGUUGAAGCUGUUUUAAGAGCUCGGCAGAAGAUGGGCGGCGAUGUGUGCGACAUGUGGGUAGCUCUUGCGCAAGCCCACGAGGUGUGGCAGCCAGAGCGCUGUCGGCGAUUCUGUGAGGAGGCUUCACAAGCCUCCAACUGCGUGCCGGCCCUUCUCGUCUCUGGGCUGGAAGAGACGUCUACCCCAGAGGAGCGAUGGUCCAGCAGCAGCGUCUUGAUGCGAUUGCCAGUGCUUUGCAAGUUCUUGGCCUCCCUUCCCCCAGCCAUGCUGGGGCACCGUCUUUGCGACUUGGCCUUCUGCAGCUAUGCCUGGAGCGAGCCCGCAGCCCUCAACCUGCGAAAUUUGACGCUUCCCUCAGUGGCUCUGCCACACCGAGCUCCAGCUCAGCGCAUCGUUCAGGCGGCCUUGGAGGAGUCGCUGAUGGAGGAGCUGUCGAUGGAAGAAAAACAGGCAGCCUUUGGGAUGAGAAGAUCUGCUGGUCGCUGGGCGGAAGUGAUUUCCGCCAAGGACUUUCUACGCUUCUUCAUCUGUGCACAUCUGGCAGCCGAGGGCUUGCAGCUCAUGCAGCUGUUUGGAAGCAAAGCGACCUCUGUCGACGCAGAAGUGUGGAAGAGAAUCAGUGAGGCCUUUGAAGUGGGAGACGAUGGCUUCCAGUGGCUCCAAAGACAAGCUCCCGAAUUUUCCAAGCAGGCCAAACUGGCCUUAGGGGAGCUUCAAGAGCCAGACGAAAAGUUGACUUUGCUCCUCAGAAGCAACAAACCCUCCCACUCUCGCGGACCACCUCCGGAGAAUACCCAGCCGACGUAG